AUGGCGGUCGACGACGUCCCCUCCGUCGCCAUCCCCGGCGAGCCCCUCGGCCCCGUCUCCAACGUCACCGUCGAGCAGCCGGCCAAGGCGCCCGGCCCCGCCAAGCGGCUCAACAAGCUCACGGCGCCCGAGGGCGGUGACCUGGCCACCGUGUCCGUGGCGAGGCACGGCCGCCGGCGCGAGGUGCUGCCCGACGUCAACAACGUGGUGCUGGCCCGCGUGGUCGGCGAUACGGUGCUGCAGACGGAGUGGCAGGGCGUCAUUCGCGUGCAGGACGUCAGGGCCACGGAAAAGGACAAGGCCAGGAUCCACGACUCGUUCAAGCCGGGAGACAUUGUGCGGGCCCAGGUGAUUUCCCUCGGCGACCAGGCCAAUUACUACCUGUCGACGGCGGCCAAUGAGCUGGGCGUCAUCAUGGCCACGAGCGAAGCCGGCAACGACAUGGUGCCGGUCAGCUGGAAGGAGUACAAAGACCCUGAGACGGGUCUAGGCGAGCCGAGAAAGGUGGCCAAGCCGAGCUGA